AUGCUCCCUCUCCUCCCCUCAUGCCUGCGGUCAUCCUCUCGCAUCCUCUCCCGGCAUGGUCCUCUCCCCCCCCGUCGAUAUAACUCCUCCUUUCCCUCCGACCAGUUCGCCCAGCUCGCCAGUCGCCCAUCCGCUCGGCACCAAAUCUACCAAUCCCUGUCCACCGAUCCCUACGUGAACCUCUCCAUCGAACACUUUCUGCUGGAAAAUGCGCCCGCCGACUCGAGCAUCCUCUUCCUCUACAUCAACCGUCCGUGUGUCGUCAUCGGCCGCAACCAGAAUCCGUGGCUAGAAACCAAUCUGCAUGCCAUUCACAAUGAUCGCGUGUUGCGCGAACCCGACGACUCCACGAGCAGCGACGUCGUUUACGUGCGACGGCGAUCCGGAGGAGGCGCGGUAUACCAUGACGAAGGCAAUCUGAACUAUAGCGUCAUUUCGCCGCGGACGACGUUCACGCGAAACAAGCAUGCGGAGAUGGUGGUGCGGGCACUCCAUCGCGUGGGGGCGACGAAUACCAGCGUCAACGACCGGCAUGAUAUUGUCUUGUCGUCCGGGGAAGACCAGCCCCGGAAGAUUUCCGGGUCGGCUUUUAAGCUGACGCGACAACGUGCGCUGCAUCAUGGAACCUGUUUGCUGGAUACGCCGAACAUCGGCCGGCUGGGCUUCUUUCUGCGAUCGUCCGCCCGGGAUUAUAUCAAAGCCAAGGGCGUCGAGAGUGUGCGGUCUCCCGUUACCAAUGUCUCCUCGAUGUUCAGCAACGCGUUGACCCCAUUCUCAAUCCAAAGCGUCGUCACCAGUGUCAUGGAGGAAUUUGCGACCCUCUACGAGGUCAACCCCGACGCCGUGCGCCGUGCGCAGCGGGCCCACGCCCACGACCCGGAACUAUACGCGGGGGAAGACUGGGUCGCAGGAGCGGUGGGAGACGCCCAAGGCCAGCAGGAGCCCAAGAUCAAGUCAGGAAUCGACGAGCUCACGUCGUUGGAGUGGAAAUACACCCAGACGCCACAAUUCACCUUUUCUACAUACCCGAUCGAGGACGAUCCUCGAGAGAGACCAGCUCUGCCGUCUUCUUUGCCGCCUAAAACGCGUGCAUUCCUUCGCCUCAAGCAUGGGGUUAUCAUAGAAAGCUGCAUUUCGACCGCGUCCGAACCCACGUUGGCUGAUCAACAGGCGAGUCGCGUCCACGAGGCCCUGAAUGGCCGGACGCUUCACGAGAUCCAGCAAACCCACUGGGAUGAGGUCCUCUUGGAUUGCUUGGGUGCAGAAGUCGAAGCAACCACCAUCCACGAGCUCUCAAAAUUCAUCGGGAGCAAGUUAGGCUGCUCGUAA